UUCAAUUCUUGGUGUUAAUCUUCUUAAAUUUCUCCCUUGAAUCUCCCUUCUUGUUGUUUUUCUCUCCAAUAUGUCCAGAACCCUUCAAAAGUAUGAGGAGGAUGUAUUUCUAGGUGCCUCCACGUUUUUGUGUUGAAGUAGGGUUUUUAUGGCUUUAAAAACGGCCCAAAAAAAAUGCGCCCUAAAUCGCCAAUCGCAGCGCCUAGGCGCUGGCUGUAGCGCUUGGGCGCUUGUCUUCAGCGCCUAGGCGCUGGUGGUAGCGCCUGGGCGCUAUGGUUGUAGCGCCUAGGCGCUGCCUCCCGGGUUCAAUUUUCAUCUUUUCUUCGUUUCGUAGCGCCUAGACGCUAUAAGUGUAGCGCCUAAGCGCCAUCUUUCUACCCCAAUUCCGUGUUUUUGGCCUCUUCAUCCACUUUAAUACUUCUUUUCUCAUUGCUUCUCCUUAUCUUCAAAACAACACUAACAAACACAUCAAAAACGUUCUACAUUCAUAAAAUCUAGUAUUUAAUCAAGCUAAAAAUGUGCGAAAACCAUGAAUGAAACAAACUCAUCAAUUUUCUAAUUAAUUAUUCAAAGAUAUGUCACCAAAAUUUAAAUGCAUGUCAAGAGCCUCUCAAUUACCCUGUCCGGCUAUUAUUGUUCUGUGAAUUCCUCCCUUGUACAAAGCACAACCCAUUUAUUUUAAGCUUAUCCAGACACAAAAUCUCGUGCUUAAUUGACACAUCCCCAAUCCACUCUGCCACGCCUCGGAGGAAGUUUAAACGAAAUGAAUUUUCCAUUCGUGUCCUCCACCGUAACUCCACUCCGUUCUUCUACAGUUUACUGCUUCCACACAAACCCCAAAACUCCAAUUCCGCGACCACUCCGCCGGACCAACAUCGCAUUUCCAGUCAUUCCAGCUCGGGAUCGAGUCAUAGACUUCGGAAAAUACAAGGGCAAAAUGUUGGGAACCCUACCUUCAACCUAUCUGAAAUGGGUCUCAAAAAACCUAAGAGCCCAGGACUUUGAAGAAUGGGCCAAGCUUUGCGAUGAGGUGCUCAUUGACCCAGUGUACAAAGACCGCAUAGAGUGGGAAUUCGCAGAGAAAAUUCUAAACGGCGACGUUUUGAGUAAUUCCUCGGUACCAGCGAAUGGGAAUCAGAAUGCAGCGUCUGAACUGCUGGAAAUGAGCCAGCGAUUCGGGUGGGAUAAUGAAGAUAAGGCGGGUUGGAGUAAGAUUGAUUUUGGGCUUCUAGGAAGCUCCAAGGGCGGUAGAAUUCCGAGAAUUGGGGACGAAAUUAGGAGCGUCGAAAAGAAAAUGCAGAAAUUGAAGAAAAAUGAGGAAAUUUCCGAUGAGGGCGACGGCGAAAGAAGAAGACGGGCCCGGAGAGAGCGGCUGAAAUCGAAGAGCAGAACAAUUCCGACGGCGGCGGAGAGGAUGAGGAAAUUAAGAAUCUUGGAUGAUAAAAAAGAAUUCGUGGCGAAUCAACAAGAAGAAGAAGAAGGGAAAAGCAUCAGUCCAUUUCCAGGACGUGAAGCCCUGUUGAAGAAGAUUAUGAAUAAUGGAUAGCAGAUCAUUAUUGGUGAAAUCGAAUCGAAUCCAAUCUUCAUCGUUCACAACUCCUGCAGUGUUCAUUUUUUCUUUUAAAAUUUUAUAAUAGUCCUUAACUUUAUUUUUGUUGCAGAUUAACCACUAAAGUUUAAUUGAUCAUCAAUAUCAAACUUUUGUUGCACGUUGAACUUCGA